AUGUUCGUGACGAUGUAUUGGAAACGCACAAGCUUUGUGCUUGCUCACCUCGCGGCCGUGGUAUCAUGUUGGCCUUAUGAUGAUGCCCUCACUGAAUAUAACCUCAACGAAAAUCAGACAGCAACCAACCCGGCCGAGUACUGGGGAGAAUGGCCCAAUCAUACAUACCACCCAUCACCAGAAAACUGGCGCUUCCCCAUAUAUACUCUUUUUCUCGAUCGAUUCGUGAACGGUGAUCCAACCAAUGACAACAUCAAUGGAACACUCUUUGAGCAUGAUUUGGACUCCAACCAGAUGCGUCAUGGUGGUGAUGUCGCUGGACUGAUUGACACGCUUGAUUAUUUACAAGGAAUGGGCAUCAAGGGAAUAUAUCUUGCUGGCCUUGUUUUGAUGAACCAGCCUUGGGGCGCAGACGGCUAUUCUGCAUUGGAUACCACAUUGCUAGAUCAACAUUUCGGCACUAUUGAUACUUGGCGAGCUGCAAUCACAGAGAUCCAUGACCGUGGCAUGUAUGUGAUUUUCGACAACACGGUGGCAACUAUGGGCGAUCUGAUUGGUUUUGACGGAUACCUCAAUACGACCACACCAUUCUCAGUCAAAGAACACAAAGCGCAAUGGAAGUCAGACCGUCAAUAUGUCGACUAUAACUUUGGGAACUCCUACAAUGAUACUUGUGAAUACCCUCGUUUUUGGAAUGAGACUGGCUACCUAGUAGACCAGUAUGUUCGCGACGAAUUAAAAGGCUGUUACGACAGUGACUUCGACCAAUACGGCGACAUCGAAGCGUUUGGUGUCUACCCAGACUGGCAACGUGAACUUGCCAAAUUCGCAUCUGUACAGGACCGUUUACGCGAAUGGGUACCUACAGUCAGAGAGCGAAUCAUUAAGCACUCGUGUAUGAUCAUCUCUUCACUCGACAUUGAUGGCUUCCGGUAUGACAAGGCUACACAAGCCACGGUUGAUGCCUUGGGCGAUAUAUCUGGCGCCUAUCGUGACUGUGCUCGGCGAGUUGGCAAGGAGAACUUUUUCCUACCAGGAGAAAUUACCAGCGGAAACACUCUGGGCUCGGUCUUCUUGGGGCGGGGUAGGCAGCCAGAUAUGGUGCCUAAGACGCUUGAUCAGGCUUUUCGUCUCACGAACUCUUCUGAUACUCUGUACUUCCUGCGGGAUGAAAAUAAGCAGGCUAUCGAUGGAGCUGCUUUUCAUUACUCCAUUUAUCGCUCCCUCACUCGCUUUCUUGGCAUGGAUGGCAAUUUGGCCGCUGGCUAUGAUGUCCCAGUCAAUUGGACAGAAGCUUGGUACGAUAUGGUGCUCACCAAUGACCUUGUCAACGCGAAUACUGGCAAGUUUGAUCCCCGCCACAUGUACGGGGCAACAAAUCAAGAUGUUUUCCGAUGGCCGGCUGUGGAGUAUGGACUCGAGAGACAGCUACUAGCUCUUUUCAUUACAACACUACACAUGCCCGGCAUUCCACUACUACUCUGGGGUGAAGAACAAGCAUUUCAUACUUUGGAUGCAUUGGCUUCCAAUUAUAUUUAUGGUCGGCAAGCGAUGUCGCCUGCGACUGCUUGGAAAACUCAUGGCUGCUUCAGCCUCAACUCGACUCAAUACUUUGACUGGCCAAUCAAGUCUGGCCGAGAUGCCUGCCACGAUGAGAGUGUCACAUACGACCAUCGAGAUCCCUCGCACCCCAUCAGGAACACGAUCAAGCAUAUGUACCAGAUGCGGGAGGACUAUCCGGCUAUGAACGAUGGUUGGUGGAUCCAGUUGCUGUCUAAUCAAACUCAUGAUGUUUACUAUCCUGGUUCGAAUGGAAUCGCGACUGAAACGGGCAUGUGGUCUGUUCUAAGAAGUCCUUACACUCAAAAGCAAGAUCUUGGGAAAGCAGGGAAUCAGACUGUCUGGUUUGUGUACCAGAAUGACAAUCACACAGUCACAUACGACUUUGAUUGUUCCGAUCCCAACCGGGCGCUUAUUGCUCCCUUCGGGACGAAUACCACAGUCAAAAAUUUGUUCUAUCCACAUGACGAACUGACCCUGGAGAAAAGUACCACCAAGCUGCACCUCAACGCUUCUUCAGUAUGGAAUGGCUGUCUGAGCAAUUUAACCCUUCGUGCUUAUGAAUUCAGGGCCUACGUCCCUAAAAGCAAAUUCCACCCUCCACGGCCUAUGAUCACGAAAUUCACUCCAGGCCACGAUGUUCCAGUGCUUUCCAAAGCCCAACCUGGAGAAAGUGAGAAUCUUCAGAUUGGUUUAUACUUCUCCACGGAAAUGAACUGCAGCACGGUCACUCAAGCCAUCACCCUUGAAUCAACAACAGAAACUGGGGAGACGCCUUCAAUUGAUAAGAACACCAUCAAUUGCCGACUUGUGAACCCGGAAUAUUCAAAUCUCACUGGCCAUAUACCCAGCGCCUGGGCAUGGACAGCGACUCUAAAUGGGGUAUAUAACGGAGUGCACCGACUGACCGUCAGCAACGUGACCAGUAGCGACGGAAGGAAAACUAACGCCAUCGAUCACUUUUUGAUUCGUAUCGGGCAGCAUGACAAUCCGAUAACUUUCACAUCUGCCAAUUACUCCAGCAGCUUGCUUCACAAACACGAGAACGGCUCACUGUUCAUUCAACAACAUGCAGCAGGGGCCGAUCUGUAUCGGUACUCAACCAACUGGGGCAGCACAUUUUCAAAAUGGCUUCCGUACCAAGGCGGCAACCACACGAUUGAAAAACAGCAUUGGUCAGGAACAAAGGCCCAAGAGUGGAAGGGGGAGCACGUUCGUGUUGAAUACUGGAAUCGUUUUACGGGAAGCAGCGAUUACGUUCAGCAAGGUGAUACCCCUGACUGGGACGCUGGAAUGCCACGACGAUUCCCUCAUUUAUUCUUCAAUGGGCCGUUUAAUGAAUAUGGUUAUGAUGCUGGAUUGCCGAAUGCCGUGAAACAGGCUGCCGAUCGUUUAUGGAAAUUCCGAUUUAUGGCCGAGUGGCCUGCGCAGGGCCAACUGAACGUCUGGGGAAUUAAUCCGAAUGGACAACCUGAUCAGGGCUAUAUUUUUGGAGACUCAGACGGAGAUUCCGUCUUAGAUCGUCUUCCUCCUUCUUCGCUCAAAACGACAGCAAUAAACAUCACGCGUCCUCCGCCUAGUCCACAUCUAGCGUGGAGAAUCGAACUUGAUGAUGCGACAUUGAAGUUCAAGCUUGUGCCCGCGGGAUCAAAAUAUGUCCAAAUGGCGCUCUUUUUCAUGCUUUGGAUCAUCCCCGUUCUAAGUGCUGUGGCAUGUGCGACCGUUUUCAUGAAGUCAUUCUACCGUAUCAAAUUCAAUCAGGUCGGUGUGAGUGAGAAGAAAACCUUGAUCUCAAUGGACGUUCUCAACAGAUUCAAGCUCGACAAUGUGGAGGCCGGAGGGUCCAGAAACUUUUUUGUCCGCUUGGCGAACAAGUCCAAAUUCUUGCAAAGCAACUCAGCUUUUGGCAACCGAACAUCUCAACGACGCAAGGUUCUGGUCGCAACAAUGGAAUAUGAUGUCGACGACUGGGGAAUCAAAAUCAAGAUUGGCGGACUGGGCGUGAUGGCACAAUUAAUGGGAAAGCAGCUCGGGCACGAAGACCUUAUUUGGGUCAUUCCUUGUGUCGGGGGUGUGGAAUAUCCCAUUGAUAAACCGGCCGAAUCCAUGUUUGUAAUGAUCCUUGGAAACUCAUACGAGGUCAAAAUCCAGUAUCACUACUUGAGAAACAUCACCUAUGUCCUGUUGGAUGCCCCCGUCUUUCGUCAACAAACUGUUGGAGAACCUUACCCGGCACGCAUGGAUGAUAUGGACAGCGCGAUCUAUUACUCUGCGUGGAAUCAAUGUAUUGCUCAGGCCAUGAAGCGAUUUCCUAUCGACUUGUACCACAUCAAUGACUACCACGGAGCGAUUGCUCCGCUCUACCAGCUUCCUGAGACGAUCCCAGUUUGCCUUUCACUACACAACGCCGAAUUUCAAGGAUUGUGGCCAAUGCGAACACAGAAAGAAAAGAGUGAGGUGUGCUCCGUAUUCAAUCUCGAUAUAGAUGUCGUCACUCGCUAUGUUCAGUUUGGUGAAAUCUUCAAUCUAUUGCAUGCUGGUGCGAGUUAUCUACGUCUCCACCAGCAAGGCUUCGGAGCAGUUGGAGUGUCAAAGAAGUAUGGAAAGCGGUCAUAUGCGAGAUACCCAAUCUUCUGGGGUCUACGAAAAGUUGGCAAUUUGCCUAAUCCUGAUCCCUCCGAUACAGGUGAAUGGAAGAAGGAACUGCCUAAAGAAAGCGAGAUCAGCGUGGACAACGAAUUCGAACUCGGCAGAGCUGAGACCAAGCGCCAAGCACAAGAAUGGGCUGGUCUUGAACAGGCGCCUAAUGCUGACCUUCUUGUCUUCGUGGGAAGAUGGUCUAUGCAGAAAGGUAUAGACCUCAUUGCCGAUGUUAUGCCAGGCGUUCUUGACGCGCGACCAAAUGUCCAGCUGAUUUGUGUGGGCCCAGUCAUUGAUCUUUAUGGUAAAUUCGCCGCACUCAAACUGGACAGGCUGAUGAAACUAUACCCGGGCCGAGUGUGCUCAAAACCGCAAUUCACAAUUCUCCCUCCAUUCGUUUUCUCGGGAGCAGAGUUUGCUUUGAUCCCAUCAAGAGAUGAACCGUUUGGUCUUGUAGCCGUCGAGUUUGGCCGCAAAGGUGCUCUUGGUAUCGGCGCUCGAGUCGGAGGACUUGGACAAAUGCCUGGUUGGUGGUAUACUGUUGAGUCCACGACAACCUCCCACCUGAUUAAACAAUUCAAGCUUGCGAUUGACAGCGCUUUGAACUCCAAGCCUGAGACGAGAGCCAUGAUGCGCGCAAGGUCGGCUAAACAACGGUUCCCAGUCGCGCAGUGGAUUGAAGAUCUGGAAAUCCUUCAGUCAACAGCUAUGCGCGUUCACAACAAGGAACGUGCCAAGUCACAGUCUCAAUCCUCUGCGGCGUCGGCGUAUAAUGCUAUUUACGGAAUGAUGACACCCCAGGCUGCGGUGUCAACAAAAUCUAAUGCGUCCAGCGGUACCCUUACCCCACCUUUGCAGUCGAGUCGUCCUGGGACGAUGGGCUCAAUGCAAAGGAACUCCGUUGUCUACAGCCGUGAUCCCAGCCCCGGUGGCGAAAGUAGACCAAAAUCAGGUCUCAGCCGCCAGGUGUCCUUCGGGAUCCGGCCUGUCUCUGCUCCGCUAGAAAGCCGUGGACGACGGGAUCCUAGUAAAGGCGGUUUUGAAGAUGUGGAUGAGAACGGAGAAGGGUCUUCUAGUACUCCAUCCCCAGUCGCUGAGGACGACAGUGAUGAUGAGAUCCUGUCCACCAUAUACGGCGAAGACGAUUAUACUAUAGGACCUGAAAUGCUCGAGACUGGACGCCGAAUAGAUACACCUCCCCCGGGCGCUCAGCUUGCUGGAAUUCCUCUGACUCGUGAAGUUCUCUCAGCUCGCCAUGCAAAUCAACCCUCUGCCCGCUCCAGUGGCACACCAUCCAGCUCCGCUGCGCCAAGCACGACAGGGACGGAUGAUACUCUUCUUCCGCCAUCCCGACCUUGGGCAGAUGCAGGGAACCGUCUAAGUAAUGCGUCACAGCUUUCAUUUGACUCGGUUGUUGGUGACAAAAAGGAUUACAAACUUCAAAAGGUGGAUCCUACCUUCACGGACAGCAAUGGCGAGUUCUACCGAGCAUUCGAAAAGAAACUCGAUGAUCUCAAUGGCUCGAACUCCGAUUCCCAAUUAUGCAUUGAGCAAUACCUCGAAAAGAGUGAAAAGAAAUGGUUCGACCGGUUCAGAGAUGCUCGCCUUGGGCGAAACCAAUCUCCAGCUGCAUCUGUGCAAUUUGCCAAAAAUGGCAGUGGUUCCCCUUCAGGAUCCAUCAAUAACGACGACUCAACAUCUCACGAAAGCGGAGUCCCAGAAAGAAAAGAAGCUACCGGAGAUGAGUUCUUCCUUGGAGAAGAUUACGUCCCACCAACCGGACUCAAAAAAUGGAUGCAGAUGCGCAUUGGAGACUGGCCCGUUUAUUCACUCUUCCUAGGUCUUGGUCAGAUCAUUGCUGCCAAUUCUUACCAAAUAACCCUACUCACAGGUGAAGUUGGUCAGACAGCAGAGAAGCUUUACGGAAUCGCAACAGUCUACCUCAUCACAUCAAUACUGUGGUGGCUUUUCUUCCGUUUCUACAAGUCUGUCCUUGUUCUUACUGUACCAUGGUUCCUGUACGGCCUUGCAUUCCUCAUCAUCGGUCUUGCCCAUUAUGAGCCUGAUUCUUAUGCUCGGGGUUGGCUCCAGAAUGUUGGCAGUGGUAUCUAUGCCGCUGCCUCGUCCAGUGGCUCUAUCUUCUUUGCGCUGAAUUUCGGUGAUGAGAGUGGUGCUCCGGUCAAGAAGUGGGUUUUCCGUGCUUGUCUUAUUCAAGGCACACAGCAAGCCUAUGUCAUUGCUCUUUGGUAUUGGGGUUCAACACUGACCAAAGCGUCCAACGCCGGUGUUGCCGAUAUCCAAGGAAAUGUCACGAACACUUGGAGAAUGACGGCUGCCUGUACGCCGAUUACAAUAUUCUUGUGGAGCGUCGGACUGAUCGUAUACUUUGGCUUGCCAAACUACUACCGCCAAACACCGGGUAAAGUCCCAUCAUUCUACAAAUCCGUCUUCCGGCGAAAGAUCGUGCUCUGGAACUGGGUUGUCGUUAUCCUCCAGAACUUCUUCUUGAGUGCUCCAUAUGGUCGAAACUGGAAUUUCCUCUGGAUAUCCAACCACGCAAAACCAUGGCAAAUCCUCCUCCUCUGUGUGGCAUUUUUCGGUUUCGCCUGGAUAGCAAUCCUAUUCGGUCUAGCCUGGGUCUCCCGAUACCAUAGCUGGAUUCUACCAAUAGUAGCGUGUGGUCUCGGCGCACCACGUUGGGCCCAAAUAUGGUGGGGAACGUCAGGAUCCGGUCUUUAUCUCCCUUGGGCAGGUAGUUACACCUCCGGAGCACUAGUAUCCCGGAGUCUGUGGCUAUGGCUUGGUGUCCUCGACGCACUGCAGGGUCUGGGAUUCGGCAUGAUUCUCUUGCAGACUCUGACGCGGAUGCAUAUUUGUUUUACAUUGCUUGUUUCGCAGGUUCUGGGUUCAAUCGCCACUAUUUGUGCGAGGUCGUUUGCGCCUAAUAGGAUUGGUCCUGGGCCUAUCUCGCCUGAUAUUACGGCUGGUGCGGAUGCAUUGGCUAAUGGUUGGUUUUGGAUUGCGCUUAUAUGCCAACUUUCGAUCUGUGCCGGCUUCCUCAUGUUCUUCCGUCGUGAACAACUCUCCAAGCCUUGA